UAAAUAGCGCUUGGCCCACAAGGAAAGCACAAGGAGAACGCAUACAAUGCGGAUACGCGAAAAACGCAAACUGCAACAGAGGGAGCAGAAGGACCACAAGGAGCACAAGGACUCUGCCAAAGCGGAAUAUAAGAAGGGCAAGCGCUCCGAGGCGGAGGCCCUCACACCAGCUCCUGCGCCUGCGUCAGCUCCACGACAACAUGCAACGGCGGCAUCCACCACCCCACCCCCUAUGCCAACCACGUCCAGCCUGCCGGCAGCGGAAAAAGUGGCCUUUGAUAACCGCAUCAAGCGGAAAAAUGUGCUGGCACUGAACGAAAAAGUGGCGGCGUUGCGGGAGUACGACCGGGUCCCAGUGUACAAGCACGUCGGCCGGAUUUUCAACUGCAGUCCGGAUCAGAUCAAAAGGAUCGUGCAGCAACGCCAGGAGAUUUUGAACGCCUGGGAGCAACGAACUCGCCGCAGUCAGGACGCCAGGACGAUGGAAACCAAGACGGUGCGAGUGUCAAUGCUAGGAAAAGCCGUCUACGACUGGAUCCGACGCAUGAUGUACUACAAGGAUUUCAGCAUCUCCGAUGGUCUCAUCCAGAAGAUGGCACUGCAGUUCAAAAGCUCCAUGGGCCUGGCGCACUUCUUCCCGCAUCAGGAGUGGUGUGACAAGUUCAGGCGCACCUACCGACUUAAUCAUAGCGAAACAAAGAUGCUGAAAAUCGGCUACACCCAAGGCUAUUCAGUGCAGAUUAAGGACAUUGUCAAAGAUAUUAUUUCGGAGUGUAUGCCCGAAAGUGGGCCAGGAAACGAUGGGGAUGGUGAGGAGAUUAGUUUGGACAGCCCGCUUAGUAGUAAUCACCGGAGCUGCAUUGAGGGUGAGGACGAUGGCGAGGACGACGAGGUGGAUGUGGAUGGUGGCGAUGUCAGCGGCAGAGAGGAGGAUCUAGAUGAGGAUGAGGACAUUAAGCCAUCUCUAAGUGAUUUAAAUUUCGCGAGAGCUCUCCAACCGUUGCCCCAGCUAGUACGGUUGCCACUGCAGACCAAUGCGCCGCCUGGUACCUCCCAAAAAGUUCUCCUGGCAACGCCCAUUGUGCCACCCCAAACCGGCGGGAGCGCUGCCCAACCAAUGACAAUGACUAUCAUACCACUGGCGACCCUGGCUCAGAGCAUCACCCAGAUUCCGUCGCCUCAGCAGCAGGAAAAGGGUCCUGUGGUGCCGCCGCCCAAGGUGGAAAUCAAGCUCGAAAAGGACAUUAAAAUUGAACCACAGGACGCUACGGAGGAAAUGGAGGAGCAGCCAGAGACUGAUCAUUUGGAAAAGGCCAAGCCUGACGCUCAAAUGGAAAAUUCUGAGGACCAGUCGUUGGAAACCCUCUCAUCGGUGAAAAUAAAAGAGGAGCCUGAAUUUGUAGACGAAACCGAAAUGGAGCAGGAACCCGACGAUACCGACGAUGCAAACAACGGUCGGUCCAGUGUCACCUCGCUGGCCGAGGUAUUAGCCGCAAAUGUCGAGGACGAAAUGGAGUACAUUGAGCAGAUGCGGCAACACAGAAGGAAUUCCCCACCAACCAUAACUGAAAAGCCAUGCCAUCUCCGAUCUGGGAGCAAACGCCGCCAUGAAUCCGCCCACGAUGACAACAACAAUGGGCAGGCGGAAGAAGGAUCCACCACAGGCGGAACCAGCAGUGUCAUCAGCUGUGCAGACGCCCGAAAGUACCUAAAGCUGCUGGAGGAGUUUGCCCUCCACAAGGAGAACUACCGGCUGAUUGGCCUCAUUACACGGGCCGAUGAGGUUAUGCGGGAGAUAGACGACAAAACGGAGUAGGACGCACCGGAAGCUCCUGCCAAAGAAGUUAAGCUUAAGGAACUGUAACAUCUCGAAGAUGCAAUUCGGUCGGAUGAAAUCAAUCACUAGGUCUAUGGCAAUUUUAAUUUUUAACUCCAAAACCAAAUAAACUAGAUUAAAAUGUA